AUGGCUCUCAAGAGAAUUAACAAGGAACUCACUGACCUCGGCCGUGACCCGCCCUCUUCCUGCUCUGCUGGCCCUGUUGGAGAUGAUCUGUUUCACUGGCAAGCCACAAUCAUGGGUCCUGGUGACUCGCCAUACUCGGGAGGCGUCUUCUUCCUGACAAUCCACUUCCCUACCGAUUACCCAUUCAAGCCACCCAAGGUCAACUUCACCACUCGUAUCUACCACCCCAACAUCAACUCGAAUGGCAGUAUCUGUCUUGACAUUCUGAGAGACCAGUGGAGCCCUGCUCUUACAAUCUCUAAAGUGCUGCUUUCGAUCUGCUCAAUGCUCACAGACCCUAACCCGGACGACCCGUUGGUGCCCGAGAUUGCUCACGUCUACAAGACCGACCGCCCUCGGUACGAAGCGACGGCCCGCGAAUGGACACGCAAAUACGCUAUUUGA